UUUGGACUUCCCCAAUCUCUCAAACCUCUUUUUAUUGUUGCAUCUCGAAUCGAAGCGCCUCAUACUUAUCCAUCGCUCUAAAACCCCUAACCCCUCCGCCUCUGCCGCCGCCGGUGCCCGGGGGUGAUCUUUUCCGGCGACCGUUGAUUUCUUCCCUUCCUGUGAAACCCUUGACCAUCUCCACCAUGGCGGCGAUAGCUUCCUCCGACGCCACCGACGGACCUGUUCUGAGCCUCAUCAACAAGCGUCUCCGUGCCCUACGCAAGAAAUACAACAGGAUUCUUCAGAUGGAAGAGUCGAUUGCUCAGGGGAAAACCAUUAACAAGGAGCAAGAAGAAGUCCUACGCUCCAAGCCCGGUCUCGUCGCCACUAUCGAUGAGCUCGAGAAGCUUCGCGCUCCUCUCUCCGCCGCUGUGUCGGAGGAAAUCAGCCUCGCCAUCCAGUGUCACCAGGUUUCGUCCGAUCAAACCAACGCUCUCGACAACAAGGAACGCCAAAGUGACGAUUCUGCGGUUCCGCAGGAGAGCGGCGGCCACGGUGGCGCUGCGGUGGAUGAUCUGAUGAAUCUCCUGUACUUCGGUUCGCUCUUCGACGUGAAGUCCCAGAGCGAGUUUGCUUCGACAAUGUUGACCAGGACGCACGAGCGAGGUUGCUGCUUGACUUACGAUUACGUUACCGAUGACGCGACGGAUCUGCUCGGCGAACGGGAUUUGGAUUUGAUUUCGAGGCUUGGCAGUCUGAUGAUUUCUCGGCCGGUGGAUUCGAGCUUAUCCCACAAGAACGCAUUGGAGCGUUGCAUCGAGCAUGCCAAGCUAUGGCUCGUUAACUCGGAUCAACCGAUUGAACAGAACGCCAAUGUCUCAUAUGCUGGAUUGAGGGAGAAGCUGAGGAAGAUAAUGGCUUUUGAUUACUUGUCGACAGUUCCGGAGAUGAAAGCGCCGGUUGAGGUGGCCGCCGCAGCAGGGCACUACGUUUCUUUCCAGGCGACUGGUGUACCCGUUGAGGCCACUAUCCAAGUGGAAGGCUCAGCUGCCCAUUUCCAGCAAAAGGGAGAAGAUCCAUCAAAAUUCGAAGAAGAAGGUGGAGAUGUGGAUGAUCAUCAAUCGCCUCAAGACGAACACCAGAAGGAUGAGACAGAGAUGGAAGUAGCUCAGGUUCCAGUUGAGGUUGUCGUCCCUGAACAGCAGGAACAACAAGUUCACUAUCAGACAGAACAAGACCAUGGUAAGAGAGAGUUUGAGCACAAGGACCAAGAGUAUGUGCCUCGACGGUCAUACCAGAACCAGAGAGGAGGCCGAGGUGGUGGCCGUAGGGGCUACUCUAAUGGCCGAGGUGGGCGAGCCGGUGGAGGAGGUCGAGGUGGUGUCUACCAGAAUGGAAGGAACCAGCAGUAUUAUGAACAGUCUGGUGGGAACUAUUACCAAAAGAACUACUACAAUAACUGGGGAAGGGGUGGUCGUGGUGGUGGUCAAUACAACCACCAUGGCUCAGCAGCUCAUAUGGCCGGCCAUGGCUCGUCUGAUGUCGGUGGUGGCUCCUCUUAAAGAGUAUUUGCUUCGGGAUUUGGCGUUUUGGCUUCUUCUUCUCUUCUACAUGAACUAUGAUGAAUCUGUUAAUUAUGUCUCCUGAAAAACUAGUCAUUCAGUAUUGAAUUCGGUCUAUUCCGGUUUGGUUCGACAGUAUUUCGGUUUGAUUAUGGUUCGUAUUUAGUUUUUAUUGAUAAAAACUUCUAUUUUUCAACAAAAAAA